UAAUAGACCUACAGAGGUGUUCUGAAGUGGGUCCUCUCUAUUGUAGAGACUCUGUGGCGCGAGCGGAGAGCUGUGCGGAGGUUCUGGUCGCUCCGGAUUUCUUGGUUUCUGUUUACACGCAGCUUUUCGGCUGAUGUAAUUCAGAACUGCUGUAAUUCGGAUUAAAUCGUGUCAGUAUUCGUGUAAACCGCGCUGGAGGACAGCAGCGCUCGGGCUGCGGUUUCGCAGGGCUUUUCCCACCAUGGCAGAGCAUCUCUCUCAGAGUGAGCUUGACUACCCUUUCAAAUUGCUGGAAUAUUUCAAUGGCUUCAGAGUGUCUAAGGUGAUUUUUUCAGCGUGUGAGUUGGGGGUGUUCGAUCUGCUCCUCCACUCACAGAAGCCCUUGAGUGCAGAGGAGGUGUCGCAUGAGCUCCGCACCAGCAAGGACGGCAUGAAGCGCCUCCUCGAUGUGCUGGUGGGCAUCGAGAUCUUGGAGGUGGAGCUUACAGAAGGCACAGCACAUUACAGCAGUACUGACGUUGCUAAUCUGUAUCUGGCCAAGUCCAGCCCUAAAUCUCUUCACGACAUGAUCAUCUACCAGUCUCAGACCAUCUACCCUCUCUGGAACAACAUGGUAGAUGCUGUCAGGGAAGGAAAGAACCAAAAUGAGAAAACCUUUGGUCUCUCCUCAGAAGACAUCUUCUCUGCAAUCUACAGGUCGGAGGAAGAAAUGCUAAAGUUUAUGGGUUUGAUGAACUCAACGUGGAUCAUUGAUGGUCAUGAUAUAGUAACAGCCUUUGACCUGUCCUGCUUCAAGUCCAUAGUGGAUGUUGGAGGCUGUUCUGGAGCUCUGGCACGUGAGUUAGCAAAAGCCUACCCUGCUUCCACGGUUAUAGUUCUGGACCUGCCCAAAGUGGUCCAAACAGCCCAGAAACAUUUCAUUCAAAGUGAUGACACCAUCCGGUUUCAGGAAGGAGACUUUUUUAAAGAAGACCUUCCUGCAGCUGACCUGUACGUUCUGGCGAGGAUCAUUCAUGACUGGAAGGAGGAGAAGUGUUUGACUCUGCUGAAGAAAAUUAAUGCAGCUUGCCAUCCAGGGGGUGGUGUUCUGCUUGUAGAAGCUUUGCUGUUUGAGAACCACAGAGGUCCAAUCAUGGCUCAGAUCUUCUCUUUAAACAUGCUGGUCCAGACAGAGGGCAUGGAGCACCCACCUUCACAAUAUACACACAUGCUCACUGCAGCCGGAUUCACUGAUGUGCAGGUGUGCAGGACGGGCAAGUCCUACGACGCCAUUCUGGCUCUCAAAUGACCUUCACCAUACAUCCACUGAUGCUGUGUCAUGGUUGGAUCUUUAGUACACUUCUUGUAAAAAAAAAAAAUCUAUAAACGUCCAGAACCUACCUUACACACUUCAGAUGCACUUGGAUAUAAUUUGGUAGAAUUAUUAUAAUAGAUUAUAAAGGGACCUGUUCAGAUUAAUGCAUCAUGUUGCUUUUUUGUACACACUGGGACCAGGAUCGCUAUAUCAAUUUGGCUUUUGGCCCCCUGCACAAUUCUUAAACACAUCAUUAGUUACUUAUAGGAUUGAACUGGAGAUAUCAGUAGCAAGGAGUUUUAGACCACUGAGGUUAAGUAAUGGUGUCAAAUCAGAAAAAAAAUAAGAUUCCAAUAUUGGAGGGCUAAAGAAUUGCACAUUUAAGUGUUUUUCCACACUGAACACACAAAUCACGCACAUAUUGAGCCACAGGUAGCCACACUAGAGCCAAGUAUUGUUUUUUAUUGGGGUAAUGGCUUAUCAGAGUCCCCCCCCCCCCCAACUUAACCUAAAAAUACCCUUUAUGGACCAAAGUUUUGAGGCAUGUGGUUUUUCCCUGUUUCUUCCUUUUAGCAUUAGACAAGAGACUUGGUGAGGACAGGAUGUUCAUCACCACCCCAACUUAUCCCAUCUCUGCAUAAACUAUUGUGCCUUUGCACAUCUAUUGUAUUGUAGUGAAGGGUGCAAAUUCAACUAGCUGCAUGCAUUCAUUAGAAGGGGUGUUCACAAACAUUUGGUCAAAUGGUAUGUGUUGGUUAUACUGAGAAGUUUGAGAAAUGACUUUAAAUGACACGUGCUAUGAGACGUACAGACGCGUGGGAACAAAAUUAAAAGCUUAGCCAUAGCCACACUUAGAGUAUGCAUUUGCACCACAAAUGGUUGAAUUUAUUAAUUUGUAGGAAUGUCCACCAUUUUGGCAUAUAUAUCUUGUUUGCUUCUUUAGUUAAUGUUAACUGAAAUUAAGGUGCUAAAUGUAGCUAACAAGUAAUGGAAUUAUGUAAUCUAGCUAAGAUAAAAAGCUAACAGGCUCCAAUAAUGUUUAAAGACACACUCCUAACUCUCACAUAUUAAAAAUUAUAUGUGAUUUAAUUGUCUGUUAAGAGCUUCAUAUGUCUGCAGUCACUAAAUAGAGCUGUUAAAAUAAUUCACCACUGUUAGAUAGAUGCUUCUACAAUAGGUAACACCCCAUUAUUAGGCUAGUGAAAGUAAACAACAGCUAAUUGUAAAGUAAAUCAUAAGGUUAUAAGAAGAAGUCAUUCAGUAAUAUCUAAAUUCUUAAUUAUGUUGUUCCUUUACUGUUUAACUCACUCUUUGGAAAUGUAUGAAAAUAACCAAACUUUAUUUUUUUCUUAAUGUACUGCAUUUUUUUAUAUGUUUUAAAAUCACACAAUAUUUGAAAUGUAUCUCAAUAUAAGCAAAUACAUGAACAUUUUUUUUCUGUAGGAAUGGACAGAGAUCAGACUUUAAGGCUGAGAUUUUUUUGAGUCUUUUUUUAAGAAAGAGGCACAAAAAUAAUUUAGGGUUGAAUUGUAUCAGUGUUCUGUUUUACUUGAUUUUUUGUAUUCUAGCAUGUUUCCAAUGCAUGGUAAAAAAAAUCAUGUUUAUGCAUGCUAAAAAAUAUACACCCUUUCUAUAGCCCACUCUGGCCCUGGACUUUAUGGAGUGAUUUCCUAUUUUACAAGAGCUCCUCUGUCUGAUUUGACCAUGUCUUCAAUUCGACCUCCUCCUAGUACUUGUCUCAAACACUCCAUUUACCUCCAAUAUUUACCAAGUGUCGCAAUAUAAUUAUCCCCUUCUUACUGAUCAUUUCUCAUAUGGAGUUACUUGAAUUGCAAUUGUUACACUGUUUUAUGUAUCCCUUCUUUCAUGAAUAUUUGUUAAUAAAAUGUCAAAUUAAAUGUU